UCUGUCAAAGCAUCAGUCACUUAGAAGACAUCAGCAUUCGUUGUAUAUCACAGGCGAUCUCAUUGAUGCAGCCAUGCUUAUGAGCACAUUAUGGGGUGUUGUGAGCCCACUAAUGGGCCUGUUUUACGCUGGGAUACAGGUCAUGGUGCCAUGUCUUCCUCCAGCUCCUCUCUCCACUGCUGUUAUUAAUACUGAUGAGUAUAUGGGCUCUUGGUAUUUUGUGGCAGCAGCUGCAUGGGAAGAAGAUGAUCUUAAGUCCUUCAAGACCACCGACAGCUCUAUUCUUCACAUUCAGAAAGGUGCUAACGACAUCCUGACGGUGACUGAAACCAUUCGCAUUGGAGAUCAGUGUCAGAAAAAUACUUGGAGCUACUUUGCUUUGUCUGUGAUGGACCCGUUUCUGUUCAGAACCGAUUUCGACACUAUUGUACUGAUCUGGGAUGGCAAGCUCAUAAACUGCCCUUCAUGCAUCAUAAUACUGUUUGUGGAUGAAGACGAGGAAGUCAGUGCUAUGCUGUUUGCUCGUAAUGAAAAGACACCAGAUGAAGUGAUUCAGGAAUUUAAGUCAAAAAUGGAGUGUGUUUAUAUGGAAGAAUUCUUAAAGGCACCUCUGAAAAAUGGUUAUUGUAAACUUGAUGAGGCUGCUUAAAACACAGGUGGUCAUGAGCAGAUGCAGAGAUCUUCACGCUGCAGAUCCACAAUAAAUUACUGAACUGAUGGAAACUAGGAUUCACUGUUCUUGGUUUAUUCACUGAAUGAUUAAAUAAGAUAAAUACUUCAAUAAAACAGCUUGUUUUA